CUGUUCAUUUCUUUACCCUUUGGAAGCACGGCUGGUGUGUGGGUUUUGAUUCUUCUUUCCUCACCUCUGCUCCGCGAGACUCGUGAGUCGACGACGAACCUCAUCCUCCUUCCACCGCGACCACCUCUACCUCUCGGAAGAGGUUUUCAGAGUCUGCCUCCGAUUGGAAGAUCAAGUUCAGUCUCCAACACGAGUUUGGCGACUCCGAUUUCUCCGACGCCAACAAAUUUUCUGCUUGCCUCAAGACUUGGAGCCGCGGCGGUCAGCUGAAGGCAUGAAUGCGUUCAAGGCAUACAAGGCUUGCGUGCCAAUUGCUUGGAGCCCAAAUCUCUACAUAACUUUGGUGAGGGGUAUUCCAGGGACCAGGAGGCUCCAUAGGCGCACUUUGGAAGCACUUCGCCUACGCAAAUGCAAUCGAACUGUCAUGCGAUGGAACACACCUACGGUUAGGGGGAUGCUCCAACAGGUCAAGAGGUUAGUUGUUAUUGAGACAGAGGAAAUGUACAAGGCCCGCAAACAGAAGGAGGAAGCGCACCGAGCUCUACGUCCUCCGCUGGUCAUAAGUCAUAAACCUCCCUCGCUUACUGAUGCUUUAUGAAGUCCACUGUGUUCUUAAGGAUAUUAUCUUCUUGCUACUAAAACUAUUCAAUGUCAUUGUUUAAGGCUUUCUUCUCCAAUGGACAAAGUUUUGUUUUGAAGGUAUUGUCAUAGUUUGAAUCUAUAAUUUUGUAAUGUUUUCUACUGAUAACAUUAGUCAAAUUCAGGCUUCUGCUCGUGAAACCUGCCUAGUGGUUAAUUUAUUUAUAUUUUCUGCCA